CCAUCGCUCUCCUCCCCCACAAGCUCCUCACUUAUACAAUUUUCUUCCAUUGCUAGAAAGCCUGUAAGAAGAACGUCUUUGCCACCAAUUUUUGGCUGAGCUUAACGGAUUCUCUUAGUUUUAUCUUUUACAAUAUGAGGACCGGGAUGUUUCGUUUCGCUGAAGAUGAAGAUCAUCAAAACGAGACUCACUUCCUUGAAGCUUGUUUUCUUUGCAGAAAACCACUUGGAUACAACACAGACAUCUUCAUGUACAGGGGAAACACACCAUUCUGCAGCAAAGAGUGCAGACAAGAACAAAUUGAGAUUGAUGAAGCUAAAGAGAAGAGCUGGAAAUUAUCUUCUUCUAACAGAGCGCUAAGAAAAUCUGACCCAAACAAGAACUCUACCCCAAGCAAAACUGUGCAAACAGGAACUCUUGUGGUAGCUUGACCCGACCUAAAAGUGAAAAAGAGUAUAAAUCUUUCUGUCCUUGAGGAAAAAAAGAAUGAAGAAAAAGGAGGAGGAGGAACAUAGAAAUUUCCAUGUUUGGUAAGAUGGGGAACGAUUUAGUUGGAAGAUGGGAUUUGGGGAUUUGGGGUUUUGGGAAUCUGUAAAGGGUGUGGUGGUCUUGAGGCAAAAAGAUUGCUGAGUUAGGAAAAGGAAAUCCCAAUAUGAGAAUUUUUAUUUUUAUUUUUCACUUUUUUGGAUGUUUAUAAGGGGUCCUUUGGAAAGGAGGAUUUGUGUAAUUUUGUAAUGAUCUUUGUCUGCUCUCCAUAAUAUUCUGAGGCAUUCAAGUUUCAGAGAACCUUGGAUUUCAUUUUUUCUCAUGGGUCUCUUUUCUCUGUGAUGUUGAUUUCGAGGCUGAAUACAAUUUUGGUCAUGGGUACUUUCAUUA